CUCAACGAGACAUGUCCGCCCGCCCCUACCCGGCGACGGCGAACCCAUCGACGAAUCACCAGGGAGAGAUGGCGAGGAAGCCUUUUCACUAUUGCCCCGACCACCAACCCCUCCCCUUACCCUCAUCACCUUUCUCUUUUAAGCCUUCUGUUCCUCCUGCUUCCAUGCUCUGUUCACCCCUGUCAGCCAACGAGGUAGCUACAUUUCCAUACCCCCCCCCCCCCCUCUCUCUCUCUACUCGCUGCUCUCUCUCUCUCUACCAUCACAACAUACAUACCAAAUAGACAUAUUGGUAGUUUUCGUUAUGGAUUCAAUGUCCAGUGGUAUAGAUUGUUUAUAUUGGUAGUUUCGUGUAAUGGUAUAUAUUUAUUUCUGCAAUGGUAUUGAUUGUUUAUGGUAUAGAUUAUUUAUAUUGGUAAUUUUUGUGUAAUAGUAUAGAUUUAUUUGUACAAUGGUAUUGAUUGUUUAUGGUAUAGAUAGUUUAUAUUGUUAGUUUUCGUGUAAUGGUAUAAAUUUAUUUUUGCAAUAGUAGUUUUCGUGUAAUGGUAUAGAUUUAUUUCUGCAAUGGUAGUUUUCGUGUAAUGGUAGUUUUUUUUUUUUGCAGAAAGAUUGAGAAAAAUAUGGAAAGGAAAUCUGGCUGGAGAUUACGGAAGUGAGAGAAAGAGAGAAUUUUAAUUAAUAGAUUUUUGUAACUACCUUAAAUGUAAUUUAUUAAAAAAUUAAUUAAUAUAAUUUAUUUUUCCAUACCCAAUUUUCCAUACCCAACUACUAGUAAUCACCGUAACCUGUCCCUUGUGGAAGGCUUCUGGAGCUACUGUUGCGACUAUGAUUCUAGCUAUAAAAAAGAAGGUAAAUUUGACGAGACUUGCUAUUAUUUUUAUUUGUUGUCCUAAGCUUGGUGCAAGUUUUGUUGUGCAUCACUUUUUAACCUUCCUCUCUCUCUCUCUCUCUCUGAACAUUUGCGCCACGUAGCAGCUACGUACGAACUCCACUUCGAGCAUCUCUUGUGAUUCGGUUGUUGCUUCCUGUGACAAUCCUUGACACGUCAUCAUGUCACUGACAAUCAACCCUCUUCUUACGAUUAAAGGACGGGACAAUCAACCACCACACUACAAGCCUGUAAUUCUUUGUGUUAGUAGUUUGGUUGACCUUUCGAAGCUUACCUACGUGCUGUUGGAUCUUCAUGUGGUAUCCGGUUGCCAGUUGCCACUAAGCGAAUCAAACAAAUGAUACUAUUUCUAAUCCGAAAUCGUGAUGCUAAUUUGCAACUCAAUAAACGUAUUGGAAUUGCAAGAUUGGUGAGUUUAAUUAAUUGUUUCUAUAUUGAACUCGAUACUAUGUACCUUAAUUGUUGGAGCAUUUGUGCAAAUUAAAUCAUCGCUUAAAUGCAUUAAAAUAAUUCAUGGACACUAAAGGAAGAAACAACUUGAAACAAAGAGACCCCAAAGCCAAGAUAGAAAAGAAGAAGGGGGAAACACAAUUAUAAAAGGCAGCACAACAAAGGAAGAAAAUCGAAAGAAGCUCCACUUUUCCUAUUUAUUAAACUGCCCUCUUCCCCUCUCUCUCUCUCUAAAACCAACCACCGGAAAAAAUGCAGCCUUGCAGCAGAGAAAUGGCCGCCGGCGGCCUCAACUCCCCAACAACUACACCACCCUCCCACCAAUUCCAACUCCACGACCUCCACCAGAUCCACGGCCACUUCGACCACCCUUCCUCCGCCGCCGCCGCCGACGACUUCCUCGACCAAUUCCUCUCCUCCGCCGCCUCCUCCCCCUGGUCCUCCGCCGCCGCCGCCGCCGACCUCAUCAAGUCCCCCUGGGCCGACCUCGCCGACGACGACAAUGUAGCCGCUGGCAACGGGUUCUUCGACGACCCCUCCGCCGUCAGCCUCGCCGCCAAGCUCCGCCACCACCAGAUCAACGGCGGCAACAACACUAACGGUAAUCACAACAACAACAACAAGAUGAUGCUUCAGCAGCAGCUCCUCAUGGCCGGGGACGGAGCUCCGGCUCCGCUGUUUAACGGGUUCGGGUCCGGAUCUAUCCAGUCCCCGCCCCAUUUCCACCAUCCCACUAUGCAACCCGGACAGAGCUUCAGCGCCGGCGGAGUAGGACCGACCGCCUCCGCCGCCGCCGCCUCGCCGGGGAAAGCUCAGCCGCAGGCGAGCGGGUCGGCGGCCACGGCGUCGCAGGGGAAGCCCAGGGUCAGGGCCAGGAGAGGCCAAGCUACCGACCCACACAGUAUAGCUGAAAGGUUACGAAGAGAAAGAAUUGCAGAGAGAAUGAAGUCCCUGCAGGAGCUGGUUCCCAAUGCAAACAAGACGGACAAGGCUUCCAUGCUGGACGAGAUCAUCGACUAUGUCAAGUUCCUCCAGCUCCAAGUCAAGGUCCUCAGCAUGAGCCGCCUCGGCGGCGCCGGCGCCGUCGCUCCUCUCGUCACCACCGCCCCCUCCGAGGGAGGAGGCGGCGGAGGGAGCAACAACGCCACCGCCGCAGCAAACGGCGGUUCGUCGGCGAACGAGAGCAGCAUGACGAUGACGGAGCACCAGGUGGCGAAGCUGAUGGAGGAGGACAUGGGUUCGGCGAUGCAGUACCUGCAAGGGAAAGGGCUCUGCCUAAUGCCGAUCUCCCUCGCCACCGCCAUCUCCACCGCCACGUGUCGCCCCGGCCAGCCGUCGUCUCCCAACAUGUCGGUACUCACCGGGGACGUCGCCGUCAAGGACUCCACGUCAGCUACCAAGCCGUGAUCGUCACGGCGUCGUUUUACUUUUUGACUCUGCUUUUGGAAUUUGGAGGACUCUUUUUAUCAGUAAAUAUAUUAAAAAAAAAAGGAGGAUGGGUCGAUGGGAAGAUGACGGACGGAGAAAGACAGGAGGUGGUGGUGAUGACGUGUGCGCGUGUGACUAGUGUAGUCUGACGUGGAUGGACGGAACGGGGUUUUCGGGUUUUUACAAACGGAACGUUGACGAAGUCUACGGGAAUAAGGGGUCGGAUUGACUGACGGAGAAUGGAGUGGUGUACACGACGUCGUAUUUGCGUAGACUUUGUUUUUAUAUUUGUUUAGUAUAGAGCUUUUAGCUAACUACUUUUUAAUGUUAUUUUGUAUUUGAUUUGUAUUUUGCUUUUUGCUCUAAUUCCCAACAAGACCACUACGGUUACCAAAAAGAGACAAGAUCCGACCAAAUCCCGAGGAGGAGAAGAAGGAAUUCCUUUGUUUUUAGGGGGAAAGGGGUUUACUAGAUGAUUAAUUAAUUUGAUUAAUUAAUUAUCAUGUAUGUACUUACAGUCUUACAUUAAUUUAAUAGUAAGUUGGAUUUUUAAAAUUGUCAAUUCCUGUUUGUUAAAUGAUUCCAGCUUAGUCGAGUGAGAUUAGGAAUGUGCAACGGAUCAUUGGUUAAGUGUUAUUAGAAGGCAUGAUACUGAUUUUGAGGUGGUUGGUUCGAGUAAUAUAGAAUUUUAGUUUGUUCUUUUAUAUUUGAUAUAUAUGUAAGAGUAUGCAAUCUAUGAAAAUAAAAGGAUUAGUUGUGGGAUGUGCAAUGGUUAGGAAGUUGGAAUUGCAUAGGCUGGGUCGAAAUCGAUUUUGGUUAAGGCAUUAUACCUAAUCAAAAUUGGUUUAGGGUUCCAGUCUUUGAAUAAAUUCAUGUGCCUAAUAUUGAACCUACGACGUAGAGGUUGUGUUUAUCACGCGAAAACUAGUUGAACCACAAGGAUGGUUGGUUUUGAGGUCUCAUUUCCGCUUAUAAAAUACUCAUAUUUCUAUUUACUGGAAUUAUGAGCUUUUGAAAAUGAAUUUGAAUUUUGAACCACACUUAAGAACAGCAAGAACCAUUCACAACGCAGAGUAGUAGUCGAAAUUUAAACCCAUAUAUAGUUAAGUUGAGCAUGGAACUAGCUAGGUACAACAAAAAAAGCUAUGAUAAUAGGCUAUCUACAAUUGAGAGACAAGCUAGGUUUACAAUUUCAUAUAUGCAUUAGAACUAAAGAACAAAAUUCUUAGCUUUUGCUUUGGUUGAACCUCUAGAAGGAAGGACCAUAAAACAAAAGAACCGUGUGAGGAUUACAUUUUAAGUCAACGGCGUGUCACUUUUGUAGCUUUUUCUUCUUCUUCUUUCUUCUUGUUUUGCUUUGUUAUGAUUAAGUUAGUAAGGGAAUCUUAAAAGAUAACAAAGGAAGAAGAAAUAAAGAAUAGAGGGUUAGCUCAUACACCUAAUCUAGUUAAUUUUGCUUUAAAGAGUGUUAUAUAUAUUUGGUUUUGUAUGCAAGCUUGUUGGGUUUGUUACAUUUCAAACAAAGAGUUGUUAGUGGGUUUGCCGCCGGAUCACUAUAUAAUUGUGAUUAGGCAUUAAGCACAACAUACAUAUACUAGAGUUAGCCAUUAAUUAACCAAUUAGUAUAUGCCCCUUGCAAACCAAUUAACCAAUUAUGUAUAUGCCCAUUGCAAUCUAAUUUCCCACUAGUGGUUGACGAAGUGUUACGACUCAUCCUACCAACUUGAAUUGUUUAGGAGAGGUCCAACGAUGGUUCUUGUGUCAUUGUUCUUAUAGCAUGACACAUUCUCAAUUUUGAAUGCAUGUUAUGCAUAUAUAAUCCAGUAAUCUUCAAUAUGGUCAUUAAUUUUGUCUCAAAUUAUCUCAAUCUUCAAAUUGUAUACCAAUAUUGAAAAAGUAAACGUGAGAAUUCAUG